AUGUCAACAUCUUCGAUCUCAUUUUAUACAUAUCUAUCUCAACAAAUUACAAUCUAUUCAUGUAUUCCAACUCUUAUACUUGGUGUUCUCGGUGGAUUAUUAAGCCUCAUCGUAUUUUUAAGUCUUCGAACAUUUCGAGAAAGUUCCUGUGCCUUCUAUUUGAUAGUUAUGUCAUUGGCUAAUCUCAUUCAUUUACUUGUGUGGUUACCCGGUUAUAUUAUAAUAAAUGGAUUUGGAUAUGAUUGGAGUGUUCAUUCCGCAUUCUUGUGCAAAAGUCGAUUUUAUUUUUUUCAANAGAUUUGGUAA